CACGCUACCUCCAUUACAUGAACCAGAUGACCUAGUUACCUGGAUCUUCUAGAGGCUCGUUCCUCCAGCUUUCCUGCUCUACAAGCAAAUAAUUAAAUCUUGAAGCUUCAUUCAUAGUUUCCAUAUGGCCAUCGCCACAUAGCUGCGGUAACUUCUCAAACUCCGCUUCUAUUAUACUUCCUCCGACCUACACGGACCUCCUACUUCACCAACCAUGGACCUUGUUCAGAAAGAACACGACCGGUUGUCGAAGAAGAUCAAAGCUGCGCAAGGUAUAAAAACUGUACAAGCGACGAUAGAUUUACUACAGUCGGCUCGAGAUGCCAUUGCUUCCGAUCCAAGUCAGGCGCCUUUAACGUUGGCUAAGCUUCAGAACUCCGUGAAAUCAUCCUUCGACUCGAUUAAUGACGGUCUCAAAGAAAUGCAUAGCAGCCUUAAUAAAUAUUCAAAGUCCCUCGACAAGCUCUUCAAAGACCGACCACUACCAAGUACCGAGCACGAUGCCCUCUCUUCCCAAGAACACCUUAUUAAUCGAGCCAUCGCAAUGCAUCUUCUGCGUGAAGGGCAGUUUUCCGUUGCCGCAACAUUCCUUUCAGAGAUGGCUGAAAAGAAGGCCAUGGACUCGCAGCAACAGGCCGACACAAGCGCCUCGGAAAACGCAGCGACGCUCUUAGACAUAGAUGAAGUCCCUUCGAACGAGGUUCGGAAACAGUUCGCCACCAUGUAUUUCAUACUCCACGAAAUGAAGGAGAAUAAUAACUUGCUCCCUGCAAUCCAAUGGUCAAGGGACAACUCAGACGCGUUGGAAGCCAGAGGAAGUAAUCUUGAAUUUGAGCUGUGCCGGUUGCAGUUCGUCUGGCUUUUCCAUGGCGGACCAGAUCAGCAGGGGCCUAUUCCUACGGGUCGACAAGUAGCUUUAGAGUACGCCAGGUGCGAAUUCCAGAGCUUCCUACCCAGAUACCUCCGGGAGGUUCAGCAGCUUAUGGGAGCAAUGGCUUUCUGCCCCAACCUGCAAGACUCCCCUUAUAGAUCUAUCUUUAACAAUCCUUCGGCAUGGGAAGAUGUGGCACACUCUUUCACUCGCGAGUUUUGCUCUCUUCUUGGACUGUCUGCUGAUUCGCCUUUAUACGUCGCUGCUACGGCCGGCGCAAUAGCUCUGCCAACGUUACUAAAACUGCAAACCAUUAUGAAAGCGAAACGGACAGAGUGGACCACAGAGAAUGAGCUUCCAGUCGAGAUUCCACUUCCACCAUCGUAUCUCUUUCAUUCUAUCUUUGUCUGCCCCGUUUCUAAAGAACAAACUACGGAUGAUAACCCUCCGAUGAUGAUGCCAUGUGGUCACGUAAUCGCAGAGGAGUCGCUCAAACGGUUAUGCAAGGGCAGUAGAUUCAAGUGUCCCUACUGCCCUAGUGAAAGCCAUCCUCGAGAGGCAAGGAAGGUCUUCUUGUAGGACAUUUAUAACGGCGGUUAUUAGAGUGAACGGUAGGCGUAAAGGCUAGGCAUCUCUAUACAUAUUGAAUUUUGGACUGAGAGUGACAAUGGGAAUUGGGAGCGUGGCUAUCUCUGGCGCUUGGGGUAAUGGGUAACUUUUCGGGCUGAAUAUGGUUCUACGGCCUAUACAUAUCGACUUCUCAAGCA